AUGGCAAUAGAGGAAGUUCACUUCAGACCGUUGGCUUGUGCCGAGCCCACCUCUCCCGAAGCGGAAAGAGGUGAGAGUACUGCGUGCACUCAGAGAUCAGUGUCGCAAACUCAUUCCGGCAUGUGUGAGAUGGACACGGCCUUAGAGCCGGAGCAGGAGGAGCUUUUUCUCGAUGACGAUGCUCAAUCCCAGCAGAGCCCCAGCGCUUCCCUUGCUCAUUUCCUAGACACCACCCGCAAGUCUGCAGAGGACAGCUGGAACUGCAGUCGGGGAUUCGGCUACGGUCCUUCACCACACUCCUCUAUUUCUCCUGUGUCCUACCAGCCCACUGGCGAUGCCCCUCUGCCUGUGCAAUCAGAAGGUUUGCCGGUCGAAGCUGUCGACAUGGACGACGGACCAGCGGAGGACGUUGUGGAUGAAGCUGUGCUCGUCACAGAGAGCGAUGUUGUUGAACAGUCUACCUCCCGUGCGUCUGAUGCCCGCUCGCGGACCAUGCCAGACUUGGGCAGGGUGCAGGAGUUUGACCGAAUGCUGGGCUUCAGCAGUUUGGAUGCUCCCAAGGAGCAUGCCGGCGACAUAGUUGUUGAUGACGCCCUGGCUGUGGAAGAGCCAGACGAAGUGGAUUUGAAUGAGGAGACUGGAGCCUUGGCGAUUGCCAAUUCACACCUACAGUCUAUAGAGGAGGAACUGCGUGCUCAUCGAGAUCUAAUCUCCCGAGAAGUGGAGGCUCGACGUUUGCUUGAAGACGCCUUGAUGGCUGAGCGGCGGCGUGCCGAAGUAGAAGCCCAGGGACGUCGAAAAUUGGAGCAAGAGAUCGAAGCUGAAAAGCAACGUGUUGAAGAUGAGCGUCGACGGAAGAUCGAGGAAGCUGAGAUGGCAGCUCGCCUUGAUGAAGAGAAGCGGCUAGAGGAAGAGCUUGAAGCUGCGAGAAGGCGUGCUGAAGAGGAGGCAAGGCUAGCAGCUCAAAGAACUGAGGAGCAGCGCCGACAAGCUGAAAAGCGGAGGCAACUCCAGGAAAUGGAGAUGAAAGCCCGCGAGUCUGCCGCAGAGGCAAAAAAGGAACGAGAGAGCCGUGAAAAGGCCAAAGCAUUUUUAGCAGCAGAAGGCUACCGACAUGUGCGUGCAGCACACAAGUGGUGUCCUGUGGCCACCUAUCCUCUGCACCGAGCAGUGCAAUGCAACGAUCCAGCGAUGGUGAGGUUGCUUUUGUGGAUGGGAGCCGAUCCUGCAAAGUCAAAUACUUUUGGGUAUUGCAAGAACCGCAUGUCGGAGGAUCCUUGCCUCCCACAACUUGGGUUUCUUGACCAAUUUGCACUUGACUUGAGAACCCAGCGGUCAGAUCAGCCACCUGGUGGCCCAGUGCCAUGCACGACAGCUGAUGUCCUGUCGCGUAUUCAAAACCAUCUCGAGCGCGCAGACCAGGCAACAUGCUACUACAGCUCCAGAGAUGAGCGGGGUGAGGAUGUAUGGCUCUCCAUUCCUUCUCCUGGUUUGGUGGACCAUGCCUGGUUUCAGAGCCACCUGGAGUACCCAGUCCUGAUGGCCCUGGGCAGCUUGGUGCUGUUGACGUUGCUCUUAGGAUGCUUGGCUGUGGAGGGUGCAGAGCUCUAUUUCUCCGGAAUUGUCUGA